UCAGGCAUGAACCGUUCGAAUGUAUCAUCUUUAUGCGCUGUUAUUUCACAGAUUCCAGGAAUUCGCACGAAAUAUAAGAGAACAUAACCUAUGAGGCCACUUGUGCGCACUCACGUACACAUUUCCGGCUGGAUAGUGGCAAAGAUAUUGCUUGUUCAAAAUGUUGGAAGGACUCGUUGCGUGGGUGCUGAACAAUUAUCUCGGCAAAUACGUGGAAAAUUUGAACACAGAUCAGCUCAGCAUUGCCUUGUUGUCGGGGGAAGUUGAACUAGAAAAUUUACCUCUGAAACGCGAGGCUCUGCGUCAUAUUGGACUGCCAAUGGAAGUCAAGGCUGGGUUUAUUGGUAAAAUUAGAUUACAAGUACCAGUCAGACAAAUAAGAACCGCAUCAUGGGUGAUAGGUAUAGAACAGCUCUAUUUAGUAGCAGGACCAAUUAAUUUGGAUGAGUAUGAUAAUGAAGCAGAGGAACAAGCAAUACUAGAAUAUAAACUCAGUCGACUAGACGCUUUGGAAGCUAGAGGGAGAGCCGAUAUUGAGCAUGAUCCUGGUUAUUAUGCCUCAAGUUACAGUUCCUGGCUAAAUUAUGGCACGUCUCUAGUAACAAAUAUUAUAGAAAAUUUACAAUUGAAUAUCAAAGAUGUUCAUAUUAGGUAUGAAGAUGGUAUUACACUACCAAAUGAUAAUGGCAUUGCAUUUGGUAUUACAAUUGGAGCAUUAACUACUCAAAGUUGUGAUGCUAGUUGGAUACCCUGUUCCACAUCUUGGAAUCUUACGGAUGCAUCAUUUAAGUUAAUGGAACUCGAUAGUCUUUCGGUUUAUUGGAAUCAUGUGAAAAAAGAUCAACUUUUUGGUGGUCUUAAUCUAGGCGAUCUAGCUAUCGCCAUGAGUAAAAAUAAGAUUCAUCGGCACAUUUUAUCUCCCGUGAAUGCAAGAGCGCACAUUAAGAGAGAUCGAACUGAACGUCCAUUGAGAUCUAUUAAUAAACCGCGUAUCGUAGUAGAUUUGCUCUUGGAUGAAGUACCAUUAUCUAUAACAGAUCUUCAAUAUGAAGAGAUGGUGAAGUGUAUCAAAGAGCUUGACCGCAUAGAUCGUCGUAAACAACAGUGGCGUUGUAGGCCAGUAGUUCCUGUUAAAACAGCUUGCAAGGAAUGGUGGAAAUAUGCCGCCAGGUGUCAUCUUGGCAGAGAUGCACUCAAACCGAAACCGUCCUGGAAAAAUGUACUUCUCAGAGCUAGAGAAAAUAUUUGUUACGUUCAAGCGUAUGCUAAAUUGUUAGGUACACCUACCUCGAUCUUAUCUGCGGAAAUAAAAACAUUAAAGGAAAAAGUCGAGAACGAGCGAAAUUUUGACGAGCUUCGGGUAUUGAGGGAACUGGCUAUGGAGAAAGUGAGACCUGCAAAGUCACAACAAGAAUCUAAUAUGAAUGUGCCACAAGGACGCGGCAUGCUGGAACAAUGGUUUCCACAGUGGUGGGGCUGGUACUCAAAGACACCUCACAGCAGCAAUGGAACGCAAAACGGAAGUAGCUCGACUACUUUCGACGGGGAAUUGCUAGACGUUUUAGCGGACACCAUGAACGAUGAUACUCUUCUACGUCGCGACACAGUGUUCGGACAAUUUAAUUUCGCUCUGGUGCAAGGCGCGGUAUCGUUGUGCACUGAGAAAGAUGAAAGCAAUGGCAGAAAAACUGUGAUAGAAUUGAAGUUCGAAAGAGUGAACUUGAGCUAUGAGUCACGACCCAGAUCCGGGUCGCACAAGUUUUCAAUUAGUUUGGGCGCAUUGUACCUGCAUGAUUUUCUCACGGAGAGUUCCACAUUUCCUAUUUUGGUGCAACCUCAAGUUGCAUCCAAUGGCAUAUCCUCGCGCGUCCGCAAUUCUUCGGAGAAACUAACGAAGACGCCGCAUCAUUUAUUCGAACUGAUUUACGAGAAAAGACCGCUGCAUAUUAAUGUAGAUCAUUUAUUACACGUGUACUCACAGUCCUUAGAUAUUGUGUAUAAUCCGACCGUGAUAUACUGGCUGAUAGAUUUUAUGUGUAAACCACAUCGAUCGGUAUCGUCCAAUCAGCGAUUCCAGGCGAUGAAGCGUCGCACGAGGAGGCAGUUGAUCAAGAAUUGGGAACAGAUUUUGGACGGCGACUUUGUGUAUCGUUCGUCUUGGGAUCUACAGUUUAAGAUCUCUGCACCACAAAUCUUAUUGGUGGAGAGCUUCGUCGAUUCCAAUGCGGCCGUGGUGAUGGUCGAUUUUGGAAAGUUACAUUUAUCGAAUGAUGCAAAUCUGAAUCAGGUGAUACUGAAAACAGAAUCGACUAAUAGUGAUGACGAAGAUGAGAGAUUUGAGACACCUUGCUCCACUCCGCCCGGAAGCCAAGAGAACGGCUCCUUACAUGAUUUCCAAGGCCUGUCUGAGACAGAGUUGCACAAGAAAUUGUACGAUCAAUACUCUAUCGAUCUGGUAGAUCUGCAGAUUUUAGUGGGUAAGACAAAGGAUAAUUGGAAGCACGUUCGCACGAGAGGUAUGUCAAGCUUGCACUUUCUCGAACGUUUCAACAUAUCGUUGCAAGUCGAACGACGUGUCUUUACUACUUCAGAUCCCAAUUUUCCAUCAGUCACAGUAUCUGGUAAUCUACCGAGACUGGUAGUGCAUGUAAAUGAGCAAAAGGUGGGCGCAAUACGCUUAAUUUAUAACUUACUGUCGAGUUUCUCUAACUCUGCCGGCAUCCCGCAAACAGAAGCCGUUAUAGAGCCGAAGAGUCCUAGAAAGGAGGAAAAUUUGGAUCGUUCCUUGAGCCAUGCGGUAAUGGUACAAUUUAUUAUCGAUCAGAUGGCCUUUGAAUUGCAAUCGAGGGGUCGCAGUGUGGCAGAGCUGCAAGUGUCCGGAGUUCGGGCAGCCCUCAGUAAACGAAUGGCAGAUCUAAGCGUCUCCCUUUCCGUCCACGGCCUGCUCUUGGUUGAUGCUCUUCAAGAAUUCGGGCCCGAUUUCGAACUGCUGGUGGCCAGCCACAAGCACGUCGGCAUGGACAGCGUUUCCGGUAGAUUAAGGGAUUCAGAGCCGACGUCACCUGUCUCGCCAGAAUCACCCGAGUCACCAGAUUCCACGAGACCACCGCGAUUGACGUCGCCUGUCGCCUUGACCAAUGCCUUGUCCACUUUGGUGAGCAAAACUAAGACCUUGUUUUCGCCUAAAAAUAAUUCAUCGGUUUGUCUAGAAAAAUUGGAUUCAGAAGCGCUAAUUGUCGUGGAAUUAACGCUGUUAGAUGACCCUACGGAAAAUUUGAGAAUGGCGAAUAUACAGUUCAAUAAUUUGGAUAUCAUUGCUAAUCAGGAGACGAUAGUGGAAUUGUUAGGUUUCUUCCGAAGAAUCUUGCCACUGCAAAAGUCGCGAUCGGCCUACGUUGCGAGCCGAGACGAUUCGUUGUCAAGUCAAAGUACAGAAGUAAGGUCAAUGUCAACGAGAACCGAAAUCACCUUUGACUUCCAUCGCUUGAAUGUGUUACUUUUGCGCGCGGUCGUGCAAGAUAAUCACUUGGUGGGGCAAAAAAUUGCCACGGCGACUAUGUCUGAUGCGCGUAUACAAGCGACUUUAGCCGCUAACACGUCAAUCUCAGGCUCUCUCGGUGGAGUACAGGUUCUUGAUCAAACGCCAACCGGGAAGACUCAUCAACGGAUAAUCAGCGUGGGUAGGGAUCCUCUGGCUGAUCCGCCAUAUCACCCGCUUGAGCACUUUAGUAGUCUAUCUGAUCAGCCAGAGGCGUUCAGAUUUGUUGCCAAUCGCAACACUAGGCAAGCCGAUGAGGAAGACUGCGUGGAAAUCGAUCUCGAUCUCACGAUACGCGUGGCCAGCGUCUGGUACACUCAUGCGCCGCAUCUGAUAUCUGAAUUACGUUCGUGUGCUGAUGAAUUCAAGCAAUACUUAAGCAACUUUGCACGCCAAAUUAGCGCAGCAGCCACUGAUAUGGCAAUUGGUCUGGUGAAUGCCGACGAUUGGACUAUCCCUCCGCGUAAACGAUUGCCGAGCGUUUCGGUUGAUCUAGAUAAUGCGAAUGCAUUGUCGCUGAGAUUAGACGUACUUCUAGAAAGCCCGGUACUCGUAAUACCACGUUCCUCACAUAGCAGACAAGUAUUCGUUGCUCAUCUCGGUACGAUGUCGUUGCGACAUGAACCUCACUUGAGAUCCAUGGCGAAGCACAAGAUCACAUUGGAAGUGCGCGACAUGAAUCUGUAUUCUCUCGAAGUAUCUGCCAAUGUUGGCCAGUCUCAAAACAAUCUGCCGAGAGCCGAGGAGAUGUACUCGUGUAAGGAGUUGGGCAAACCGAUAUUGCACGACACAACGCUGAAGAUCUUGGUAGAGAAGCAAAACACCUUAACGCAAAGCAUGAGUUUCCUACUCGACGGCGAUUUUACGAACAACAGUCCAAUUGUGCAGGUCCAUGGUGCUGUGAUAACACCGUUAAAAGUAUCGUUGUCACGUGGUCAAUACGAGCAAUUACUCGAUACCACUCAUCGAUUAUUCUCCAUGCCUGCUGUGACUGCCACAGCCGCAGUAUCGGAAUACGAUGAUUUUGAUGGGGUGUCCGACUACUCGGAGAAACUCGAUCUCUGUGUGAAGGUCUCGUUCGAGCUGCCGAUCCUCAGCGUGGAACUGAAGCAGGCGCAUUCGGAGCAGCCGCUGGUGGAGUUGUCAAUGCGUGACUUUGUUGUCAAGUAUGACAAAUUACAUCGAAAUGAGUCCAGUGUGCAGGUCGCACUGCGCUCCCUUUUGAUGGAGGAUCUUCUGUGCCCAGUCGGCUCACGGCAUCGUUACAUGAUGCAAUCGUCAGCACCCACACGCGCGAAACUGCCUACCGGUGUUUCCAAAUCGUGUCCAGAUCUAGCGUUUCUGCGACAAUACAAGAACGCCUUCGGACGUGGUAGUCUGCCGGAUCGGUUAGAGACCUACACUCUAUACGAUGCGAUUCCGGCGCAUUGGCGCAGGAAACCGGCGGUCUCGGCAGCCGACACACCAAACACGCCACCGCCAUCUCCAGGCGGUAUCACCAGUGAAGAGAACUUGGUGCUGAUGAGCAUCACCAUGACGAAUCCCGAAGAGAGCGGUUGUAUCACACCGGAAGAUCGGUUCCAUCGCAAAAUGGUAACCGUGGACUUCAAUUGUCUGGACUUAGUGAUAAGCGUGGAGUCAUGGAUGGUAGUGUUUGACUUCUUUGGGAUUGCAGGCUUGUCUGGGGCGACGAGUGACGAAGUCGACGCGCAUCGAGCUACGCCGGACAGCGAUAACACCGGCGCGAGUAAGGUAGACGACAAUUUCCCAGUGAGAUCAGAAACGGAGAUAGAAGUGAGAUCGUUGACGCUAGUGCUGACGCAACAGGAGCGUGAGAUAGCCAAGGCCAAUGUGUCCAACGCCAGCAUGCAUAUUCUCAAGACGGUUGACGGCAAGACCAAGGUAUCAGGAUCUUUAGGUUCAAUGUCAUUGCUGGAUCUAACGCCGCACGGUCGAUUCUACCGUGAGAGAUUUCUAUCGUCCGGUAGGAAAGCGCUGAACUUCCAGUACUCGAGUUACGCCGACUGUGAGGAUCGACCCCAUGAUGCACGACUGAAGCUAGAAAUGUCUGCUGUGCAUUACGUUCACACUCAAAGAUUCGUGGCGGAGUUACAGGCUUUCUUCGGUCAUUUCUCACAAUUGUGGAGCAUCAUGCGAAAUCUACGGGCCGGCGUUGGUGCUGUAAUAGAUAUGAAUAAGCGUGACACGCGAUUGUCGUUGCAAUUGCACGCUGGUGCGCCGGUGAUAUUGUUACCAGUAAGUUCUAGGUCCGACGAACUGAUCCUAUUGGAUCUGGGAGAGCUCACAGCACACAAUAGAUUCGACACCUCGUUAGUUGUUCCAGAUUGUUUACUAGAUGUGAUGCUGCUCGAGUUGGUCAAUAUGGAUGUGUAUGCGGCGAGGCGACUCAAAUGUGAUUCUCUAAAUGAGGACACGGAUGCCUUGAUGGUAGGUGGCUUUCUCGUUAAGAAGAUGGGCUCUUCGUUGCUCACAGAAAAGUGUCAUCUGAAAUUACGCGUCGAACGGAAUCUUGACACUUACAUCUGCCGCGAUAUACCCGAUCUCAGCGUGCAUGGUAUAUUGUCGACGAUGGAUUGUGCCCUGGAUCCGGAGCAGUACAUGCUGAUUCGUGGCCUUCUAUCGUACAACAUCGGCGAGAAUUUAGACGAUCUGCGCCUCCUUGUGCAAGAUUUGAAUCACACGGUGGAAUACGCGAUUUCGACUAUAGACAAUCGCGCAAAGACAUGGACCCGAUCCUGCAUAAUUCUCGAGCUGGUAAACGUGACGGUGAAACUGCAUCCGAGUCACAACAUUGCGGCGCUUGCAUGCAUCAAUUUUAUCAAGUCCCGACUGACGCUGGACUCGCUGAGCGACGGUUCACAGGACAUCGAUCUGGUGUCGCAGGAAAUCCUGAUCACCGACACGCGUUUUCAGAACGAACCGGUAGAUCGACAGUGCAACGUGUUUACGCGAAUCCUACAGCCAUUGAGAGAUACAGCUGACACAGAGGCCGAGCAGGACCGUGUCCAGGCGGAGGUGCAUCAUCGGAAGCGUAAGGCUUAUGCGGCUACUACUAUUCUGUUGCAUAGCAUGCGACUGACCGCUAUCCUAGACUGGUGGCAGGCCGUACGAGAUUUCCUGUUGCUGAACUCUCCGGAACCGGACCCUAUACUUAGCUCCGUGUACGUGUCAAUUGUCAAUCAAGAGACCGAAAUCAUUGACACCGCUGAAACCGCCGUACCAUUUGAACUGAAAAUUAACAUCACGGAUUCCGAGCUGGUUAUCGUUGAGGACACCGCGAUUCUUGACACCAAUGCCGUGAUUCUCAAAACAACUGCCAUCUUAUCGUACCGUUCUACGCCGCAAGAAGGCGAGAAGCCGCUUUCAUGCAAUCUCUCGCAUUGCGAGCUGUUCUCAUGUAUCUUGGGCCUGGAAAAUGAAACUGCUCUAUCAAUCAUCGAUCCAGUCGGAGCGAGCUUGGAUCUGACUCAAGAUAAGUGUUUGGAGAUUCAACUGCAACCAUUGUGUGUGAGAUUAAGCUACCAUGACGUGACCAUGUUCUCUAGAAUGUUAAGCUCUCUACCCAAACAGACCUUAUGGGCGAGGCAGAGAUCGAUCGAAGCGGUGAUGAAAAGCAGCCAGACUACGGGCAGCCCGGUGUUGAAGCUCACUUGUUUAGGUUUCGCAGAGGCCGAUUGUAGAAUCGCAUUGGACCACUGUGACGGUCAGUUAGAUGAUGCCGCUAUGUGGCUAACGCAGAAUGCGGUGCCGACAGGUGCCGUCGCAGCGAGCGACGAUUCAAUUUUUCGAGCCAUAGAACUGCAGGUAUCCUGCAUGCGGAUCUGUAUCAUCGACGAUUGUCGCGACGCAGAUGUGCCGCUUCUGGAAAUCACUUUAGCGGAUUUUAAUAUGCGGAAGUUGAGCCAAUAUCCUGGCUUUCUCUCUGCCACUAUCGGCGUGGAUUAUUAUAAUCGAGUGCUGAGUGGUUGGGAACCAUUCAUUGAACCUUGGAGAGCGAACAUUGAAUGGGAACAGAGAUUUACUAGUUCGUUCGAUCCAAAGAGACUACACGUGUUCAUUAACUCCUAUGAUUCUGUGAACGUUAAUGUCACACUGACGUUGGUUGAACUCGUGCAACUAGUCAAACACAACUGGACGCAGGAUUACUAUCUGUCUAAUGAAAACACGAUUGUCAGCAAAUCGGUGACGAGGGGACAAAUGUAUCGACGUCGAUCGCCUUUUAUACCUUUCGCUCUGAAGAAUGACACUGGCUGUCGGCUUUGGUUUAAAACAUUUAUCGCUACUUCGGACGAGACGGCAGAUGUUAUUAAAUCAUCAUCUCAAACGAAGAAUAACCUAGACAAGGACGACACGUGGAUAGAGGUGAUUCCGGGAGACACCACGCCAUUUACUUUCGAAGAGAGAGGUAAGCUGAGGCAUCAUGCGACGCAUAUUGUCAGAAGACACCAGAUUGCGGUUCAGGUCGAGGGAUGGAAACCGGUGGAUCCUGUGACCGUCGAUCGCGUUGGUAUUUACUUUCGACACGCGAAUGCUAACAUUGCCGGAUUUCAGCCGAUCAUAUCGAAAACUAGAGUCGUAUUUGCUGUGGAACUUGAAGGAUCCGCCAGGAAAUUAGUUACUAUUAGAUCAGCUCUUCAGGUGUCCAACAAGCUAGCUCACCCAAUUGAGAUUAAAAUGGAGAAAUCGUUAAACACAUUAAACCAACUUGGAUACUUGCCGCUGACAUCAGUUAGCACUGGAAGAAUUCUGCAAGUGCCAGCGCAAUCAGUAAUGUCUGUGCCUUUGACGCACACCGGGGUGCAAAUGUGUUUCAAACCACUUAUCUCGAACUACUUGUUCCAAUAUUGCAUGGAAUCGGUGAACUGGACGGUAGUUAAGAAGCCGUUAGAGAUAAUGGAGAACUACGUCACUUGCCGGACUAAUCAAAACAAUAUAUUCAGGAUGUGCGUGGCUGUCAGACGAAAUAAUUAUCCUCCUGACGGUAUGCAAGUGUUGCCGGCACACACGAUUACGGUAAUGGCACCCAUAACAUUAACGAACUUACUGCCAUACGAAUUGAUAUAUGAAGCAGGUGUAGAAGGUGGUAGAAUCAUGCCUGGCUGCAGUGCGGAUUUACAUUGCGCAAAUUUGAACGAACAACUGGAAAUUACGAUUCAAUUGGAUGGUUAUCCAGGAUGCGGAGUGAUAAUACUGCCACCAAACAGCUCAUCGUAUACUGCUCGUCUCAAAUUAUUGGAUACCCUCAGCAGAAUGCUUUACCUGCAGGCAACUGUAACCGUGGAAAAAGGUGCAGCCAUGCAAAUCAACAUGACUGCACCUUAUUGGAUCAUAAACAAGACCGGCUUGCCGUUGGUGUUCAGACAAGAGGGAGUCGGUAUCGAGGCUGCGGGACAAUUUGAGGAGCACGAGAGGGCGAGGAUGGUAGCGCCGUUGCUAUUCUCGUUCAGUGACGAAGAAGCCAGUAGAACUUUGUCGGUCAGGAUCGGGACGGAAGUUCAUCCUCAUGGAGUCCCACAGUGGUCUCAACAUUUUCACUUGCAGCCUGGAAUUCACGUUCAUCGCUUGAGAAUCAGUUUACGCGAUGGCAGACCCGAUAUAGUCUACUUGAUUAGCGUGGCUACUCGCACAGCAAGAGGAAGAUACAGAGCCACUACAGUGGUUACAUUAUCACCGAGGUAUCAAUUGCACAAUAAGUCAUCUUAUACAUUGGAGCUGGCACAGGAAUGUUUCACGACAACUAUCUCCAAUCCGGAUGCUCAGGCUACAUAUAUAAAGACUAUGCCCGACUGUCACAUGCCCUUUCAUUGGCCACGACUGGACAAAGAUUUAUUGCUCUGCGUCAGGAUCACCAACGUUCGAGAUUGUAUGUGGUCAGGCGGUAUCAGAUUGGAUGAUAAUUAUUCAUUGACUAUUAACGUCAGGGACAUAACAGGGAAGAUGCAUUUUCUACGUGUAGAUGUAGUGCUGCAGGAAACUACCUUCUUCAUUGUAUUUACUGAUGCCGAUACUAUGCCACCGCCUAUAAGAGUAGACAAUUUCUCGGAGGUUCCUUUGAAAGUUAAUCAGAUCGAAGUUCCUGACAGUCUACGGUGGACCGUGAGACCCCAUUCAUCGGUACCAUAUGCCCUAGAUGAACCAAUAAAAACUGCCGGUUUAGUGCUGACAGCACCUGGAGACGUAACAGCUUCUUACGAUUUAAAUAAAUUGGGAGAGGGUAGAGGACUGACUUACGAAAACUUUAUUUAUAUUGCAUUCAUGGGUACUUUCAAAACCGAUUCCGAUCUUGGGACAAGCGAAAGCAAUUUAGAUCCUCUGGAUAUAGAAACUCAGAGACUUGUCUUAGAAGCUGGUUCCGGUGGUUGGGUUGCCCUUCGGAGGAAACAGUACGGUGACAGGGCACAGCUUUGGAGAAUGACCGGAGAUGGACAAUUGCAACACGAAGGCUCCAGUCCACCAAGAGACAAACAUUCUAAAACUCCGGACACAAUAUUCGUUUUGGACAUAGCAGGCACGGCACCGCAACCAUUCACCUAUUGCGCUCUUGCCCUGAGGAAACCGGAUCCUAGGCGACGAUCGACGCAGACCUGGCAAUUCACUGACGACGGGCGUCUAUGCUGCGCGCAUAAGAAUAUGUGUGUUCAGUUAAAAGAUGGCUUUAUGGGACUAUACGAAGGCGGCAGUGUCGCCCGUUGGCAAAUGUGGAGUGAAGCUGUAUUAGGUCCUGAAACACAUGGCAAUCCACCAUCGAUCCAGCAACGUGUGGGUAGACAAAAGUUGCGACCAGGUUCUGGAUUCUUGUCAGUCAGAGUGACUACUGACGGCCCGACUCGCGUUCUGCAAGUUUUGGAUAUCAAGGAGAGGAAGAAAAUGUUUGCCUUACUCGAAGAACGCGAUUGGUCACACAUCGCCGUAAGUCAUCGGCCUACCCAGAUCAAUGCCGAUAUUAAAAAAUUGAAUUCUAGCGAAUUAAAACUGAAGCUGAAUUUGCCGGCCGGCCUCGGAUUGUCUAUCGUAUCGCAAAGGCCGGUAGAAGAGCUGUUGUUCGCGCGGCUGGCUGAAAUCUCCUUAGAUCUAGUGCAGACCCCAGUGAAUACUACAUUGGAUCUGAGCGUCGCUGACGUGCAAAUUGACAAUCAACUGUUCGAGGCACAAUGCACUUCGGUUUUAUUUGUGACACGAUCAUCUCAUACUGAGGACGAGCAUCGACCCGCCCUUCAUUUAGCGAUGGAAAAGUUACAAUCAAAGAAUCAGAAUGCCGAAAUUUAUAAACAUGUCGUAGUGAGCGUCAAACCUUUAUGCGUACACUUAGAAGAAAAAUUUAUCCUGAAACUGGCAGCUUUCCUCGGAAUUGGCAAAUCAGAGUUGGAAGUACCUGUCGAUGAGAACGAUUUCAAGGCACAAAGAUUUAUUUCCGAGGUGUCUGCUGCACAUGCUAAGAGAUAUUACUUUGGCGCUCUGAAACUUGUUCCUAAUCAAGUAAAACUUAGCGUGCUUACUACAACGAAAUUGCCACAUCAUCUGCAAGCUGUAAAGAGGAAAUUAGGGUUGACUCUAAUUAACUUUGAGAAUGCCACUAUCGAGUUAGAGCCGUUUGUCAAGAAACAUCCUUUUGAGAGUAGUCAAUUCCUAAUACAUUCCAUCGUAAAGCAUUACAAAGAUGAAUUAAAAUGGCAAGCCGCAGUUAUUCUGGGUUCCGUGGAUUUCUUAGGAAACCCUCUUGGAUUCAUGAAUGACGUCACAGAAGGUGUUUCUGGCCUUAUUUACGAAGGCAGCGUGAAAAGUCUAGUGAAGAACGUCACGCACGGUAUUUCAAAUUCGGCAGCAAAAGUGACGGAAUCUCUGUCAGAUGGUUUAGGAAGAGUGAUUAUGGACGAAAGACACGAAGAGGCCAGACAGAGGAUUCGCGCUAACACUACGGGCAGUAGCGAUCACUUGGUAGCCGGCUUGAAAGGUUUCGGUUUUGGUCUACUUGGUGGUGUUACCAGUAUAUUCAAACAAACAUACGAUGGAGCAACCAGCGAGGGUUUUCCAGGUUUUUUCGCGGGUUUGGGAAGAGGAGUAGUAGGUACAAUAACGAAACCCGUCGUUGGUGUGUUAGAUUUGGCAACAGAGACAGCUAGUGCUGUACGAGAGACAAGUAGAAGCGCUCACCGUGCAAUACCAAAACGUGACCGACCGCCGCGUGUCGUCAGUGGUUCUACCGGAUUGCUGCCGCCGUACAAUCGUCAGCAGGCCGAGGGUCAGGAGUUCCUGUACAGCAUUAACAAUCGCGACUAUUCCGAGCUUUUCGUUGCUUACGAGUGUCUGUGCAGCGGCUCGGAGAAUCUUAAAGUGUUGGUUUCUAAUGAGAGAGUACGCGUUAUUUCUGGCGGCACGAAAGCGGUGGUGACCCAAGUAAGCUUGGCGGAUCUUCUCUGUUGUCAGCCGAUGCAAAAGGUUCAAAGCAACAACAUCACUCUGCAUUACAUAGAGUUGAUAUCCAGAUUCGAUUCGUCGGCCGCAGUCAAUCUAGAUGGAUUGGCCGAAUUAUUGAGACGGCCAAAAGUGCGCUGUGACAAUGAAGAGGUGGCGAAGCGGGUAUCGCAACAAAUCAAUUAUGCCAAGGGGAUGCAUGAAGAACGAAGUUUGACGUUGUCAUCAUCGGAUAAUAUGUUAGACGACGUACAGCACUAUAAGUAAUUGAUUGUGCGAUUAGAGUUCGAUCUUACUUCUGACGUGUUUCUUGGACAUACUCUCUCUAGUCAAAUUUUUAACUGUAUCGCGUAGAACGCACGAGAAUCUAUAAUGCCUUAGUUACGACGCUUAAUGUUAAGUUUACAAGAAGACUGAUAUGAAUUUUCGUAAAAGUAACUGUUUGCCACAAGGCAUAAAAAUUGUUCGAGUGUAAUCAAAUUCUAAUUUUGCGUCUUGUAACUGUGGUACAGAUGGGGCAUAGAAAUUUUUUAUAAGGACCGAUAAAGUGUAAAAAUGUAAAAUAAUCAUAGAAUCAAUUUUUUUAAUAAUGUACAUAUACGUGUACAUAUGCCAAUUUAUAAUGCGCGUGCAGGAUAUUCCAGAAUCAUCGUUCUCAAUGAAACUGUCUCGACAGUAAAUCUUUAAUGAAAGAGAAAUUUUUUAUUUCUGUAAUAAAGUUAUGUAUUUUAUUAUUUUCCUAGUUUUAAUCGCUUGUAAUUAGAUCGGCGCGUCGAUUUCAAAGAUAGACUUCCUUUAUUUUUCGCGUCUAUAACUAGGAUGUGGUGAUUUUGGGACGCG